AUGGCGGACGACACAGCUGCCGCUGAACCCGUCCCCCAGUUCGGCUUCAAAAAACGCUCUAAGGGAAAGGCGAAUUUCCGCAAGAAGCCUGCAACUCCUCCACCUGCCUCCGACUCCGACUCCGGCUUUACCUCUUCUGAUGACGAAGAUGGACACCGCAUCAAGAGACGGCGCAAGAAUGUUGCAGUAACCGCCUCCUCCAAUACCACCAAGCGGGAUCCGACCGCUGAGAAGCCUUCCACUGCGGGCCCAAUCCUUUUGACAUCGAGUAAUGACGCAACAAAAGCUUCAGAUUGGUACGACGAGGACCUCAGUGCAAACAACCUUCUAGGGUCAACUCGGGCACGUCCACAACCGCCUACAGACUCGACGCCCGAUGGUACCUACAAAGGAACCGCUAAUUACACAUCAUUCAUCCAAAAGAAUCCUGAUGCGCCAACCAAAAAAUUUGGCCCCAUCAAAGCUCCUCCUUCGAACGUCCGAACUGUGACCGUCAUGGACUACGCCCCCGAUGUCUGCAAGGACUGGAAACAAACCGGUUACUGUGGAUUUGGAGAUUCUUGCAAGUUCUUACAUUCACGUGAGGUAUAUGCGCAAGGAUGGGAGUUGGAUCGGGACUGGGAAAUUGGUACGAAGGGCAAAACACUUAAGGGCAAGGUUGUUUCGCAGCGGGGAGAGGGGGAGAAAGAGGAGGAUGAGAAUGAAGAUGAGAUGCUGGAAAAAAUCCCAUUCGCCUGCAUUAUCUGUGAGAAGCCCUAUCAGCACCCUAUAGUGACGAAAUGUGGGCAUUAUUUCUGCGAGUCCUGUGCACUGCAGCGAUACCGGAAGAAUCCAUCCUGUGCAGCAUGUGGGGCAGGCACCGGUGGAGUGUUCAAUGUCGCCAAGAAGCUAAAUGCCUUGCUUGAGAAAAAGCGAGAAAGAGCGCGGAAGUUGCGGGAAAAGGCGAUUGAAGAGGGGGAAGAAGUUGGUGAUGAGGACGGAGACAAAAGCUGA